GCCUGAUUUCCUGCAACAAUCAAUCCCACUGUUUCUAAUUGGACGUGGUAGCGCCCCCUCCUCCUCUUCCUCUGCUCUCCGGUUUAUUGUCACUGACAUUCGGAUUAUUCCCUCACAGCAGCAGCAGCAGCCCGCUCCUCAUCCUCCUCCUCGUCUCCUCCUUCUCCGUCCGACAAUGCGGGCACAAACUAAGGAUUUAUAAUUUCUCCUUCGUUUCCUCCUCGUUUGCACGGUCUCGUUCCAGGAAUGCCACGCCCACAGAUCUGAGCAGCAGAAACCGGAGUAAGGAUAGAUCCCACCCCUGACGCCAGCUCCGCCCGCACAGCCCCUCCGUCCGACCCCAAACCCGACCUCCCCUUCCCCCUCUCGCAGCUCCAGGGCUCUCUGAGGGUUCCUUUCUGGGUUCUCCAAAGGGUUCUCUGUGGUGUUCUGUAGAGCUCCAUACGCCUCGGGGCCUCAGACCUUCAUGCGUCUCCCAGCAGCAGAGUCCACCCACACCUUCACCCACCACACCACCACCUCCUCUACCAUGAGCUGUGAACAGGAGUUUGGAGACGGCGCCAUGGGAGUCACGCUCACACUGCGCCUCCUCAUGCAUGGAAAGGAAGUAGGAAGCAUCAUCGGAAAGAAAGGAGAAACGGUGAAGAGAAUACGAGAAGAGAGCAGCGCAAGGAUCAACAUCUCAGAGGGUUCCUGUCCAGAGAGGAUCAUCACCAUCACAGGGCCGACAGACUGUGUGUUCAGGGCCUUCACCAUGAUCACGUUCAAACUGGAGGAGGACCUGACGGCCUUGGUAGCCAACGGGACGGUGACCAGCAAGCCUCCCGUCACUUUACGGUUGGUCAUCCCAGCGAGCCAGUGCGGUUCCCUCAUCGGCAAAGGCGGGUCUAAGAUCAAGGAGAUCAGAGAGACAACAGGUGCGCAGGUUCAGGUGGCAGGUGACCUCCUCCCCAACUCCACAGAGAGAGAAGUGACGAUAUCAGGGAGCCAGGACGCCAUCAUCCAGUGUGUUAAACUCAUCUGCACUGUAAUCCUAGAGUCUCCACCAAAAGGAGCGACUAUUCCAUACCGACCCAGCCCGACUCCGGGAACUGUACUGCUGGCAGGAAACCAGGUGUUCGAGGCUUCAGACUUUGGCUCUCACCCCCUGUUCUCAGUGGCACAGGGAGGAGUGGACCUGCAGCAAACGUAUGCAGUACAGAGCCACUACGGCAUUCCUCAUUCAGAGUUAGCAAAGCUGCACCAGUUGUCGAUGCAGCAGCAAGGCCUGGCCCCCAUCAGCCAGUCAGCUACACAAGUACUGCCUGGAGGGGUGGAGGCUAAUUCCCAAACCACGUCUCAGGAGCUGCUCAUUCCAAACGAUCUGAUUGGCUCAAUCAUCGGCCGCCAGGGCACCAAGAUAAACGAGAUCCGGCAGGUAUCGGGGGCUCAGAUCAAGAUCGGCAGUCAGAUCGACAGCACCAGCGACCGCCACGUCACCAUCAGCGGCACGCCGAUCGCCAUCAACCUGGCUCAGUAUUUAAUCACUUCAUGUUUAGAGACCGCCAAAUCCACCGCCCAGUCCUCCUCCAUGCCGUCUCCCGUUGAUCUGACCAUGAGCUUCACCCAGCCCGCCCCCCCUGCCUCCGCCUCGUCCUCCUCCUCCUCCCCCCUGGCAGCGAUGGGCGCCGCACUGCCCCACGCUCCAAUCCUGGGCGCUCCCUACGCCUUCCCCCUCUCCAGCCUCCUGGGAGUGAAAUCCAUCCCCUACCUGGCACUCUCCACCCCUCCCACCUCAGCAGCGGCAGCAGCGGCGGCGGCCGCAGCAGCCAUCGGGGCUCCGGUGCUACCAGCCUCAGUGCAGACGGCAGCGGCAGCCGUUCCAGUUCAGGCUCACGCAGCGGCGGCCCUGGCAUCCUACACGGCCAAGAUCUCAUCCUCAGCCAAUGGAAUGAAGAAGCCGGAGAGACAGAAGUUUGCGCCGUACUAAACAAAGAGGUAGCUCCUGGCCGGGUUUAGAUGUUAAGGGCCGUUUUUGGUUUUUCUUUUAGCACAUUACUCAUUCACUUGUUUGCCUCUCCACCUCUUCUUCUUCUUCUUUUUUUUCUGACUGCCUAAAAGAAUCAAAGUGGGAUCGUUGGAACAUGAAUGAUGUUGAAUCAUCCAUGGAAGGCGUGCACGGCAGCAAACAAGCUUUUCUCUUUGGCCGCGGGCUUAGUGACGUCAAAAGUUUAAAGCUUGCAGUUCAGCUAAGCGUGACUCUGCGCUGUGGUCAUAACCAAACCCUAAACCAGGGGCACAGCAGGUUCGGGUCUUGGACAAGUUUUUGUUCCAUCACGUCUUCACAUUGCGAGCAGUUCAAAGUGUUUAGUCGGUGCCGGGUCUUUUAUUUUGGGCCCAGCUCUUUACCGGCUGUCCUGUGUCCGACUUCCUGCCCUCCUCAUAUGCUUUCUGCAGCUUGAUGCGGCUUCUGUCAAGAAAUAAAAAGACCUGGUGCUAUUCUGAGUGAUGUGGAGCAGAGACCUGCUUCUCGGACACUUGUGAAACACUCCACGGUGGAUUUACUGGGAUUGCAAUCAUUGUCCUGAGUGACCGCAAGUAGCUCUGGUUGCUACCCUGGUAUUGGAACAUUGUGCAACCAGGUUGGGUGUAUUCCCAGGAUAAACCGAUUUGACAAAGUCUUGGAAAUCAAGGGGAAAAAUAACAAUUUUAACACAAGUUUCCUCAAACAGUGUUUCUGGGUUAAAAUCAUUCUGCUGUUUGUGUGGAUCAGCAGCUAUAGACCAAAUAAACAGACCAGUGUAAAGUUAGCUACAUAACUAAAAACCACGACUGAGGGUCUUAUUUACCGUCAUAAAAGGAUCGGGAGGACGACGGUCUCUCAGCAGAUUUCACCCAGUUUCCCUCAGCACUGACGACUUGCAUGUCAGACAGCAUGUUUGUGCAAUUAGACCAAAACCAACUGCCAAACAUGACGUAUGUGUAAUUUUGCAACCAGUGUCAUGUUACCAAGGUGACAAUGCACCAACAAGAUCACUUUUAAAAAUAUAACUGAGCACUAUUGCAAAGGCUAACUCAACUACACCUCGAGCUAAUAGGAAAAAUCCCCAAAACAGAGCUGCACGCUCUCUGUAAUUCAAAAGUUUCUUAUUGAAUCAUAAACGCCAAAUAAUUAACUCAGAACCUGCCGAGGGACUCUGACAGACUGCAGCGGCUCCAGUCACGGCUUUCAGAAAUCAAAUAAAGGAGGAUUUCUGAUUGUCAUGCAGAUAUCCGUCUCAACUCCACAGAGUGGGAAAUAAAUUAAAGAAAAACAAAUACAGGAUGACGAAUAACACUCUUCACCUUGCUUCUUUAACCUUUUUAUAUACGCGUCUAUCCAACAGCUUUUUCUUUCUUUGAGUAGCACUUUUAAAAACAAAGUUUCAGAACCUUCGAACACCUCAAAGCGAGGCAUGUAGGACCAGAAUGAAAAACACCAAAAGCAAAAUAGGACAAUCCUGUACAGCAGCUCUCUAAGGCUGAUGGCUCACCACGUACAAACGACUCAGGGUCAAUGGCUCCUCAAUACUUCACCUGUCACUCAAACACAGACACAGCUGGAAAAAGUUCAGGAAAAUAAUUUUGCUACACACUCAGACAAACCUAUGGAUGCUUUAAUGUCUCUGUCCCAGCCCGGAUCCCGGACAAGCCCCCAAACGUUAGUUUUCCCAGUGGAUGGAGGCGAGUAAACUCAGUUUUUUUGUGUUAUUUUAAUAGAAAACCAAGCAAAGAUGAUAGAACAGUGCAAACUUUAAAUUCAUCCACUGAUUGUUUGUGAGCACCACUGCAGAAGCAGAACUUUUACUUCAGAUACUUUGGAUUUGAUAAUACUUGUGUAAUUUUACUUUGCAUGGAUUUUGAAAGCGAGACUCUUACUUGGCUCGUCGUUAUUCCACAUCCGACCACAUAAAAACAGCUUUAAGGAUGUUCCAGUCUGCUCCUUGAUGUGGAAGUGUUCUUCUUGUUGUUAAAUAAUUUGAGACAUUAAAAGAAAUUCAUCUAUUUGUCUGAUUUUUAAAAUUAAAAGUCAGGAUCAGCAGGUCUGAGUCAUCAUUUUCCAACAAUCCCACUUCUAAAAGUCCACCCCGACUUUAUUUUUCCUCGUGUCUUUUUGCAGCUCGGCCCUUUUCCGAGUUCAGAGGGUUGGUGGGUGUUUGCAGCCGCUGAUAUUUAAGGUCAUUUGGGCCACAAAGCCUGUAAAAGCCAUAGAGACUAUUCUGCUUUCCCCUCCUCGUCUGUGUCCUGCUCUUUUUGUCCCCUGCUCUUCGUCCUAUUGUAUACUCGCAUAUUUAUUAACUAUUGUGGAAUAUUCCCUCAGAGUUUAUAAUCACUGGUCACUAACACUGAGCUGAAAACUCUGCUUUUGUAUACGAUGAUGUCGACUUGUAAAUGACUAUUUUGCGUUUGCUUCCUGUCUGGUUUUUCCUUCAGUAUUUGUUGUAUAGUUUUUUUUAAAGACAUACAACAGAUUUAAAAAGGUUCUUUUUUUGUUUUUUGCAUAUGUUCUCUUUCAAAAUGUGUUGUUUAAAUUAUUUUUUAACUUAUUGAGAGGAGUAUUACAGUUUUAGAAGAGUUCAUUUCCCAACAUGGCUGCAGGUAAAGACUGUAAAACUGUAUUUUAGUUUCUGUAUGUUCUGUAUGUAGUGUGAACAAAACUGAUUAUUUUCUUUUUGGGGGAUAAAAAAAUAUCACUGUACCAUUAUUGCUAAUAACCGGGUGUUUUUGUUAGAAGAGUAGUGUUUUCACUUGUGAGCUCCAACUGGCCAUUUUAUGUCUCUCUCUCUCUCUCUCUCUCUCUCUCACACACACACACACACACACACACUUUCUAACUGGGAUAUCUGUUUAUAAAUGUCUGCCCUGCUUCUCAACUUUCAGCGUCCACAGAACUAGAAUAAAAGAACUGUUUUUUAAAAUGGGAAAUCUUUGAACGUGUACAGUGAGGAGCUUUGGAAAAGCCAGUUUCUGAUAGCCAGACGUUUGAAGUCAUUACUGGGUGAGUACCACAGAUCGAUAACCCUGGCAGCUCUAAGCAGAUAUAUCGGGGACACGCUCUGAUAAGGAGGCCGAAAUCCAGCUCGGCACCAGGAGUCGAUCCAUCCGUCAGAAAGUACCGAGUCAACAUUUUGUCACAUGCAGUUGAGUUUUAAGUGGACCUGUUGUGUGCUUUUGCUCAUCUCCUGUUCCUGUGGUGGAUGCUCAUAUUAAACAUGACCAGAGUCUCUAAUGAUGAGCUCAGUGCGAGUACAAGUGUAUCUAAUCCCUGUGGGCCAAAAGCUCAGGCUCAGAGUGCUCUGAACACUCUUGGCUCUCUGUGAUGUCAUUUAGAGGUGAUGUCCCUAAUGUAGUCAUUUCACAGUAACUGUCUGUGAGCCAAUUAGAAGAAAGAUGGCUUGAAGGUAGACAACAGAGCAGCGUAAACAGACUGAGCUUCCUUUUUUUGCUUUGCGUUUUUAUUCUUGGACUCUGCCAGACUAGCUUUGCAUGAUUCAAAGUUCAAAACAAUCCUGGUUUACUUCAUACUUGGUGCAUCACCCAGGGCUGGACUGGGACAAAAAAUUAUAGGAAAAGCCAUAAAGCCUUUGAAUGAAAACAGACGCUGUUGCGACAGUGAUGUACACUGUCUUGUUAGUAUAUGUAUGAUUUCUAUACAUUUUACAUCAAAUAAAAUCUUUGGUUCUAAGAUUCAGAUAAUUAUUUAAUAAAAGCGAAACAUUUUAAAUGAGAAUAAGAAAGAAAAGUAUUUCUUUGUGCCCCCAUUUCCCUGUUAAUGCCCUACCUGGCCCCCUGGCUAAACUUUGCUAGACCCGCCCCUGCACAGUUACCAGCUGUCAGCUACAUAGAAAAGGAUCCUGGUGUUAUUUGUCUCUCAGAAACAGUUCAUAACUUCAACUCAUUCAUGUCACCUAAAAGGUAAACCUGUUUCUCCAUCAGCUGUUCAGCUCUGAUGAUUCAGUAAGGACAUCUCCUGGUUUCAUCUUCAUGUUUCCCUCUCACCACAUAUCCAAACCGACAUCAUGAGCAGCAGCUUUACAGCUGUGGCUCCAGCAAACAUCAGCUGAUACUAGAAAUUAAUAUUAAAUAAAUUCUAACAACAGCUGAUCAAGCUUAAACGUGCCGCUGUUGUUUAGCGCGACAUCCGCUGGUUUCCUCUUUCUGGUGCAAAGUGGGCGAUAAACAAACGAGAGAAAAGCCGAUCAGCUGAUCAUUGAUCAGUUUCAUGAUUGAAGUAGCAACAGGAGGGAGAGGGGGAGAGAAUGAGAGAAGAAGAGGCAGCUGUGCAGCAAAGACAGAAUAAAUCCAGCUUUGUGUCUUUUUUUCAUUCUAGCUAAAGUAUGGGACAAAUCGCGUUUCUUUUCACCUCGAUACGAAACGCGUAAUAUUUUCUCUGAAUACGAGACGAUUUCGUUUUUUACGGGACGGUUGGCAAAUCUAUUUUAUUCAUAAGGUUAGUUAGUAAAGUUCUCUAUCAGUAACAUCAUAGCACCCGCCCAGCUGUAUAGAAACUCCGUCAUGCUAGCUAGCACGCAGUACGAGUUAUUGUAACUGAUUGUAAAAAGUCAGCACAACAAAAAUAAACUCCACCUAAACUUGGUUUAUAUCUGACCCAGAUAGACUGCAGCUCAUAACUUCUUACCUGAAGUUCAGUUCACCUGACACUCGGACCGGCGGCCGCCUCGGGUCUCUCCUCCUCCUGCCUCCACUUUCCCUCAUCCACCUGCUGGCCUCUGUGGAAGCUCCGCCAUAGCCACCAUCAAACAACUGAGUUAUUUUUACACAUCGACCAGCAUCUGGCCAAUCCACCACCUUUCACUGUUUAUACAGUUACACAAAAAAAUAAAUAAAAAAUAAAAUAUCAUCGGCCCAUAAAAACGAAAAAUCACCAUCAGGCAUACCGGGCAAAUGGCCAGUCCAGCUAUGGCAUCACCUCAGCUCAUCAACUGUCUGUGUUAGCUCCUCUCCCAUUGGUUGCCCCUCUGAAACAGAAUGUGUGAACAGAUCAUGUAAGGACACACCCCUGUAUGACAUCACAGGCAGUCUGCAGCCGAGCUGUGGGCUCACAGAGAUUACUGUCCAUACACUGACCUCAUUAAUAGAAACUGAUCGUGUUUGAAUGAACGCCCGCCUCUGGAACAGAAGUAUAUGAGGGAGAGAGAAGAUUUUUUACCAAAUCUGAAUUCUGAAUCUGGAUCCAGAAGUUGGAACAGAUUCCUCUGAGAACAGCUUCCUGUUGUAACCAAAACACCAUCAGAGCUGAGUCAGAGUAAAGAUGCUACGCUGGCUGUGAGGUUCUCUACAACGAGCAGGCGUGUUAUAGACAAACUUGUGAUUAAAGCAGAAGUCAGUCGCAUUAGUUUUACUCUGAUGAUCAACUACAAAGUUUGCAGACGCGUUUCCAGGAAGCUAAUCAGUACCGAUGACCAAAAAUAUUGAAGUGUAAGGUCAUCCAUCCACAAACAUUUAGAUGAUCAGAGGCUGUUUAUCAGAGAUGGACGUAGCCACCUGAAGCCUGAAGCUGAACGUUUUCACCAAGUCGGUGUUUUGAAACCGGAUAGUUUAACAUUGGUCUGGACACCAGUUUACAAAAUGAACAUCAUGUGUUAAAUCCCAUUUCAGAUUAAUGUUCAGGCCAUCGACUCGUUGGGGAAGUCUGAAGUCACGACAGUAUGAGAGCAGUCGCCCCCUGCUGGACAUUAUACGGUGCAUCUUUUAUGCUAGUCUGUGGCAGCGGCUGAUGAGAUCUGUUAGAAAUGUGUGAGUGUGCUUUUUGUAGUUCUGUGGCAGAGCUUGUGCAAUUUUUAAAAAGUUUAUUUGAUUUUAAUUUAUUUUGUUCAGAUUAAACUGACGCCCAGAGUGUCAGAGACUAAUGCUGCAUGUUUGAUUGGCCUCACUAACACGCACACAAACAUGUAAAUACACGCAAAUAUGACCAUGAAAUUAGUGUAACACACACAGGCCUCGGUCUUUGCACUGGCAGUGUGAACUCAAAGCAAUACUAAACAGAGCCGUACGAGUAGCUACACAUUGCAGAGCAACAGCAGCGGCUGAUCUGGGUGUGUGUACUUUCCAGCUGUAACAAAUACAUCAACGUUCAACUCGAUGGGGUGUCGACGCUUCUCUGUUCCUUCUGUUUGUUUCUAAAAAGACUGAUGACGAUGAUGAUGUGGUAUAUUUAACAAGCUCACUUAUUUUUAUAAAUAAUGUUGAUGAACUGAACUGUGGACACCCGUCUCCUCACAUUCGUCCUCUCUACACUCAACACUUUUCUUUUUUUCUUUAACUUUUGUCGUCCUUGCUUUUCAUCGUCCACGUGUCCUUCAUCCAUUUGCAUGAGUCUGACUUGAAUUGAUGUCUAUGCAAACUCAUCUCUGUGCGGUUCAGCUCUGAACCCUGCGUGGGUUCACGCGGAUGCCGUGCUGCUAACGUGCAGCUGAAGUGAAAGGGCUACAGCGGACUACGGCUCUGACUGGCAACGCACCCGCCCUGAAGAGUAACUGACAGACUCUGGUACUCUGAAUGAUGUCUGGAGGGGUUCUUUACAUUUGGGGCACCAAGUAGAAGUAGACGAGGGAUGUGCAGGGAAAAACAGGAAAUAUUCCUCAGUGCACCGUAAACGAGGCGGAAUCAAAAAGUUCUGAGAACAUGAAACUCGUGAACCGCCCUCGAUUUGAAUUUAGCUGAUCUUUUCUUUAAGAUCAUCUUCUCGGGGCUGUGCAGGCAGCUGCAGACCUCAAACUUCAGCUUCACUUUGAAACUGGAGUGAAUUUCAUGUCGAGGAUCAUCGCCUAGCUCUGUGGCUUUGAGCGAGCGGUUUCAGGUGAAACCAGGAGGAUGAUUUUUCCCUUUAGUUCCCUUCAGAAUUCACUCUGAAUUAGUUCCCCAGAGUGAGACCAUCCACGCAGGCGUCUGCUGGAGAGAGAACACAAACAGGUGCUCUGCGGCCAUUUUGGCUUUCGCUCACCGCCUGGACCACUCACCAAAUUCGGCUUGUUCCAACACGUGUGAGGAGAUCCAGCAGAGACCUGGUGAAAGGCGACAGAGAAGAUGACUCGCCCAAUCUAAAUCAUGUAGCACUUUUCAUUUUCAUGGACCUGUUCUCAGAACUUUCUGAUCACCACACUGAAAGUGUAGAGAGUCCCCGUCAUAGUUAGCCUAUAAUAUCUCCUGCAUGCUUGUUUACUCCACUAGUUUUGACAUUUUUAAUAAUUUAGUCAUUUUGGUUCCCUUGAAAAAUCCCUUGAAGAAUGCACUGAUAUGAGCACAUGCAGAGUCCCUGUCUGUGUCCAAGUCUGCUUUAAAGUAAGAAUUUUAACCACUUUAAUUUAAAAAUGCAAACUUUUAUUUUAUUUUUAUUUUUUUUUAUUGUAUCCUCAUAUUUCCUCAUCAACUAAAAAAAAAACCCAGAUGGAACCAAAAAUUAUUCCAUUUGCAUGAAUAUGAAUCAGCUUUUGGCCCAUAACAAAAAAAUAUAUUAAAAAAACCCUCGACAUCAUUUUAAGACACAUUAAAAGAGACUGAGCUGAAGAAUAAUUUGUGCCAGAUUAAUUUUUCCUUUAACAAAAAACUCAUUUUUGCAGUAAUAAUUAGGAGCAGACGUGUUGAGUCCUGGAAUCUUAAACACAAAGAUCAGAAUCCACAGCAGCUCCUUAAAUUAACUUUUGCAAAAAAAGAUUUAUUUUCAGGAACACCGACGCAGAUUUUAGCUGAGCAUCCAUCCUUUGAGGGAGACUUAAUUCCACCUCUGCUCUGAAGUGAACAUUAACAACACAUUCUUUAUGAAAACAUAUUUUUCACUCUUAUUAAAAUUCAAAGUCUGUAACGUUUUUCCGGAGAGAAAAAUCACACGUCGUCAGGUCGCCUGGGAAACAAAAACAGAGACGCGUUAUUGCUCUUCGGGGUGAAUGUGUUGGACACUCAGACCGUGGAGGCGGACGUUCCUGCGACGUGCUCCGAGACUUAGUCGAACACGGAGAUGAAGCUCGCUUCAUAAAAACGCUCUCGUCGGAGGCUGUACGACAAACACACACACGGCGACACGCUCGCUCACCCCGAACCCACGGCUGAACGGUUAUGAAUAUUGUAUUGCACUCGAACAUGAAAAAUCCAUUAUGACGACAUAUUCUUCCAUCUUUUUGGUUUUCAUUUCUGCUUCCUGUAAAGACGGGAUGUUUUGCUCUUUGUAUAUCAGCCUGAUGUGUUUGUGACUGUUUUCUUUCCAUUCAUGCCAUGUUCUAAUAAAUUAAACCCACACUGAA